AUGUCUUUAGCAGAUUCCGUAUCGUCUCUGAGCUCGCUGCCGUCGGGCUGGAUAGUGCAGAAAUUCGGCGGAACCAGCGUCGGCAAGUUCCCCGAGCAGAUAUGCGAGGACAUCGUGAAGGCGUACAACGAGAGCCACCAGGUGGUGGUGGUCUGCAGUGCCAGAUCCACCCACCUCAAGUCGGAGGGGACCACCACGCGGCUGCUGCUGGCCGCAGAGUACGCGGCGGACGAGAAGAAGGAGGAGUUCCUGGAGGUUUUGCGGCUGGUGGAGGAGGACCACGUGAACAACGCUCGCGAGAAAAUCCAAAGCGCUGAGCUGAGAGAACGGCUCAUCAACGAGACCAAGGAGGAGAUCGAGCACGUGACACGGCUGCUGGACGCGUGUCUGAUCAUCGGCGAGGUGAGCGCCAAGUCGAACGACGUGGUGAUGGCGUGCGGCGAGAAGCUGAGCUGCCGGUUUAUGAGUUAUCUGUUGCAGGACAGAGGGGUCAAGGCGCAGUACGUGGACCUGUCGAUGGUGGCUUCGGACAUGGAGCUCAGCAACGGGCUGGACGCGCACUCGUAUAAGCUGCUGGGCGAGCGGUUCGCCGCAGAGGUGCGCCGGCUGCCCGAGGGCACGGUGCCCGUCAUGACAGGGUUUUUCGGGCUGAUUCCCGGUGGGUUAUUGCGUGCUGUGGGCCGCGGUUAUACCGACCUGUGUGCGGCGCUGACGGCCGUGGGCCUCGCUGCCGAGGAGCUGCAGAUCUGGAAAGAGGUGGACGGCAUCUUCACGGCAGACCCGCGCAAGGUGCAAAAGGCCCGGCUGCUCGCGUCGGUCACGCCCGACGAGGCCGCCGAGCUCACGUACUACGGCUCCGAAGUUAUACAUCCGUUCACUAUGGAGCAGGUUAUCAAGGCGCGGAUCCCGAUCAGAAUCAAGAACGUCAUGAACCCGCAGGGCGACGGCACCAUCAUAUAUCCCGACAACAUCGGCAAGCGCGGCGAGGCGACGCCGCCGCACCCGCCGAUCUCCGUCCAGAACAUCCCUGCGUCGGUCUUCACGAGCAAAAAGACCGCCACGGCCGUCACCGCCAAGUCGGACAUCGCCGUGCUCAACAUCCACUCCAACAAGAAGACGCUGUCGCACGGCUUUCUGGCCGGCGUGUUCAGCGUCCUGGACAAGCACAAGCUGGUAGUCGACCUGAUUUCGACGUCCGAGGUCCACAUAUCGAUGGCGUUGCACUACACGAAGGAGCUGAAACAUAACUUUGGCAAGGCGCUCGAGGAGCUGAGGAAAUUCGGCGACUGCGACGUCACCAAGGACCUGUGCAUCGUGUCGCUCGUGGGGAUCCACAUGAAGCAGCUGAUCGGCAUUGCGGGCGCGAUGUUCAAGAUUCUGGCCGACGAGCGCAUCAACAUCGAGAUGAUCAGCCAGGGAGCCAACGAAAUCAACAUCUCGUGCGUGAUCGACCGCAAGGACGUGAUCAAGGCGCUGAACGCGCUGCACGACCGGCUGCUGCUGCGGGCGUUCACGGGCGGCAGCGCGGUGGACCAGCGGCUCGAGAACCUCAAGCUCGACGAUGUAAUUUAA